CCGUAAUCAUGAAUUUGAAACAGUUUGCCAUCAUUAUCCUGACAGUAGCCUCUGUGUCAUGCGAAAGAAAUACCCAACAGGUCCAUUCGCUGACUGCCCCAGAUUCUGUACUGUUUGUGUCCACCUUGAUUGGUAACUUCCAUGCUGUCAGUAAAGUUACUGGUAAAGUGUUGUGGACUUUACAUGAAGAUCCUGUCAUCAAGGUUCCGUCUGGUGUAGCAGCAGGUAAGUUGACUUUCCUACCAGAUCCAAAGGAUGGAACUCUGUAUGCAUUAAGUGAUGGUAUGGAAAGAAUUAAGAAGUUACCCUUUACCAUCCCACAGCUGGUGACAGCCUCCCCUUGUAAAAGUAAUGAAGGCAUCUUGUAUACAGGACAUAAAAAAGACACGUGGAUUGCAGUUGAUGCAGUAACAGGACAAAAGAUACAAACCUUGUCCAUGGAUGGAACUCGGAAAGUCUGUCCUUCAAAAGCUGAAAAUAUCAUAUACAUUGGUAGAACGGAGUACACCAUAACAAUGUUUGAUGCAAAGACUGGAACAAAAAGAUGGAAUGCCACAUUCAUGGACUAUUCAUCACAUGUUGCCAAAGAUGUACUAGACUACGAGUUAAAGCACUUUACAGCCAGUUCUGAUGGCAUGACUGUCACCUUGGACAGCAAAUCAGGUGAGGUUCAGUGGUACAUGGAUUACAAUUCACCUGUAGUGGCCAUGUAUACCAUGAACCAAGAUGGUGGUUUACAGAAGGUACCCUUCAUGAGCUUCGCUCCAGAAACACUAGAACAUCUUACAGGACAACUGUCAUCAAAUCACUGGAGACACAAGUUUCUUGAGCAUGGGCAGAAGAAAAUUUUCUAUCCCACUCUAUAUGUUGGAGAAUACGAACAUGGCUAUUUUGCUCUGACGUCACUUGUGGAUGAAAAGACUGUCACAAUCGCUCCCAAGGAGAAAGGACUGCUCUUAAUUGAAGGACCAACAAGUCAACUGGACAACAGUAUUCACGAACAGACAAUUAAGGCUUCAACUAUCCGCCGAGGAGGGCCUAUUCUAAUGCUAGGUUAUCAUGAAGUCCCUGACAAAGCCAAGUCAAGAAUCUCUCCAGCAUUUCAGAUCACAGAUGACCGGGAAGAUGGUGAAGAGGAGGAUAAUAAAGUCAUUCCUGUCCCACCAUUGGUUGAUGGUACUCCGGCUAAGAACAGUACAGACAUAGACAGCAGUCUGGUGGCCAUGUAUCUUGGCUCUGACAUUAAAUUCUUAAUCACAGUCGGCUUGCUGGUUAUUACAAUUCUCGCCAUUGUCUACUAUUUUCCUAAGCAGCAGGAGCUCUCUUUGAAAAGAAUGUUGCGAGAACACAAGCUGUUAGACCAAAACCAAAAGUCUGCCCAAACCUCCUUCACUGGGAAUAGAAACUCAAAAGCUGGUCAACAAUAUGAUAGUUUGCCUGAUGGACAUAUUAAAGUUGGAAAGAUAAUUUUUAACCCGAAUGAUGUGCUAGGCCAUGGUUGUGAAGGAACAUUUGUGUACAGGGGCCGAUUCGACAAUAGAGAUGUGGCUAUCAAGCGACUACUUCCUGAAUGUUUCACAUUUGCUGACCGGGAAGUGGAGCUUUUACGGGAAUCAGAUCAGCACCCUAAUGUCAUCAGAUACUUCUCUAUGGAGGCUGAUAGCCAGUUCCGAUACAUCGCCUUGGAGUUGUGUGUAGCCACUGUACAAGAUUUUGUUGAGGAACGGACACAGUUUUCUAGAAUACUGGACCCUCUGACGCUGCUUUUCCAAGCCAUGUCAGGCAUAGCACAUCUCCAUUCACUUGACAUCGUGCACAGAGACAUCAAACCCCACAAUGUGCUGCUGUCCCAGCCAAAUGCUAAGGGUCAGGUCAGGGCUAUGAUCUCUGACUUUGGCUUGUGUAAGAAGUUGGCAGCAGGCAGAAUUUCAUUUUCCAGAAGAUCCGGAGCAGCAGGAACAGAUGGAUGGAUAGCCCCAGAAAUGUUGGAGGAGAAUAAGAGAGUGACUUGCAGUGUUGACAUAUUCUCUGCUGGAUGUGUCUUUUUUUAUGUACUUACCAAAGGAAAGCAUCCAUUUGGGGACUCAUUACGACGACAGGCAAAUAUUAUGGCAGGAGAUCACAGUCUAGACAGCUUACCUGUGACAGAUUAUUAUGUAAGACGAGAUUUGAUAGAAGUCGCCCUAAGUUUUGAACCAGCCAGAAGACCAACAGCUAAAAUGAUAUUAAAGCAUCCAUUUUUUUGGAGCAGGGAAAAGCAGAUGAUGUUUUUUCAGGAUGUGAGUGACAGGAUUGAGAAGGAGACUGAACUAUGCGAGGUGGUACAGAAGCUAGAAGCAGGAGGGUCAGAGGUCGUCAAGAAAGACUGGCGCAAAAAUAUAACAACUGAGUUACAAAAUGAUCUCAGAAAAUUUAGAACUUACAAGGGAGAAAAUGUAAGAGAUUUACUCCGAGCUAUGAGAAACAAGAAGCACCAUUAUCGAGAGUUGCCCGACAAUGUGAAGAACUCACUUGGAGCAGUACCAGACCAAUUUGUGUUGUAUUUCACAUCACGUUUUCCGAGACUUUUAAUUCACACCUACCAUGCCAUGAAGUGUUGUAAGGAUGAGCGUGUGUUCCGACAGUAUUAUGAUACAGACUUUACAGAAGCACAGAAGUUGUUGUAGCAUAUCAUCGCAGAAGUUGUUUUAAGUGUGUCAAAGAGUUUAUCAAAAAUGAGGUGCUUCAUGUGCAAUAUUUUUACA